UCUCGUUCUGGGUCUGCCCCGGGACGUCGCUACGGGCCUCUCACAGUUCGGUAACAGUUGCAGCCGGCUCUGCUCGCCCGUGUUCUGUGUCUGUGAUAUUCGUGCGGCAAACACCGAGACGCCGUGCGGCUUGCAGUCUAUCAGAUCAUCGACACUGAGAAGGACGAGGUGAAGAAGGGCGUGGAGGUGGAAGGGUGUGGGUUCUGGGGCAAGGACCAUGACUACCAGACUGUGAGCGUGACAAGUUCUGAACUCUCUGACUCCGACCCCGGAGACCGCAGUGGCGGCUGCAUCAGCCCCUGCUGGCAGUUCGAGUCCGACAAACCUCCGUCAGCCUCUGAUGAAGCAGAUUACAGCACCAUACAGUACAGCUCUAUAUCGUUUGGAUCAGACGGACCAGUGUAUGAAAACACAGUUGGGUACCUCCAGCCUUCCCCUUCUCUACUCCUGAGCUACUCCCCGGAGGAUGAUGUUGAGGACCACAUCUAUGACUACGUAGACAAUUCUCUGCUCGAGUCUAGACCGGCAAACAUCUUCUUGUCUUUGUUGGAAGGAGAAGGAACAACAAUCAGCCCAGAUCCGAACAUCUAUGAAGUCCCUCCUGGUGCCAUAUUCAACUCAGAAUCGUGCUUCGAGGAACUGUUUCCACUGAGUGACAUCUCCCCACCAAAUGGGUUUCAAGACAAGUUGACGUGGGAACGCUUCCAUUUAAUCUCUGGCAACGGUGAGGACAACAAUGAGGCCAUUUACUCUCUCCCCAUUAAAUUUAGCCUGAACGGCUCCGCCAUUGUGAAACCUAGAAAGAAGAAACUGCGGCCCGGUAUCGAAGAAUUGCUCAAUCAGAUUACUACGAUGAAAGAUACAACGAUGGAAGAAGAACAGAAGGACAACAAAAGUGAGGAGCAGGAAUUACCUCCUCAGAACGACCUAACCAAAGAUGUAAGUUUAAAAAGUGAAUCGAAAUCUCCUACAGAACCGAUAGAUAGCGUAUCUGAAAGUUUCCCAGUCACUGUAAGUACUUGUCCUAGUAGCAAUGAAGUGAUAGUAGAAAAUAUUAACCAUGCCAUUCCGAUCAACCUGACUGUGCUCCAAGCAACUGUGGAUAGUUUACCAGUAGAGGCAACAGAAGUUCCGGAACCCAGAGUCACCGAGACUCAAGAUCCACUGAACUCUAAGGAGUUUACAUCCAUAAUUGAAAUAUCAGGAGACGGCACAUGGAACACGGCCAAGAUCCCCUCCAGUCAUGUGGAGACCUCGAAGGCCAUUGAAUCAAUCAUUCCGGAUGAGAGUGCAGAACAAGACUUCCUAACGGUGAAUGCCGAUGCUAGAGCGAAACAUGUCACCCUAGCGUACAGCGGACAGUACUACACCGGCAACUGCCCUGUGGCCAGCAUCAAACCGAUGAAACACGAACAAGACGCCUCCGUUGACACCAAGAAGAAUAUCGGAGCCCAGAUCAUGGAGAAAUAUGAGGAGGAAAGGAAGAAGAUUAUUGAAAUAAAGAACCUACCGGACAUAAGCUUGCUGGACGUAGAUGAAUCCUUGGAGGAGAUACAAAAGGAGCGUCGAAAGAUCAUUGAGAGCCAAGCAGUGCGUGCCAAAAGGAUAGACUCUUGGAUCAAAGGAGGACCUGUUCCCCUUGAUGCUGACGGGGUUCCUGUCAAAUGUGAGCUCCAAGACUGCGACGAUGCCAUUCCACUCCCAGACUCCGACUCUAUCAACAUAUACCUGGAUGAAAAUGGUGAAGUGGUGUACGACUCCAUCAUCCAGAACAAGAGCAAGAUCAAGUCCUACUGGGAGCAGCUGAUGAUAGCUGCUGAGUUAUCCAAGAGUUCAGCUCACCAGCACGUCUACAGUCACCAUCUGCCUCAUGCUCCGACCCCAGCUGCUGCUCCCGCCCCCGCCCCAGCUCACACCUCCCCACCAGCCACCACCCCUCACGUAGUCCCGGAGAAGAUCCCCAGUCCAGACCUCUCCGAGACAGAGUACUACGACGCCUUAUCCCAUAUCUCUCAAAUUCAGACUCCGGAGUUGACUGAGAAGAGCGCAGGAGCUGAAGGGCUGGUUGAGACUGUUGUCCAGAGAGACAUCCGACUCCAGAGGGAGAGGGAGUUGGCACUAGCAGAGGAGAGGCAGAAGGCUCUUCGCAGCACUAAGACUCCCAUAAUGACCAAGACUGCACAGCCCACCUCCUUGCCCACCCCCACACCCGCCCCCGCCAAGGAAGAGGAGCUACACCGCCAGCACGACGAGGCGUACCUCAGCAUCCCGACUACGGACGAAGGCAACUUCUCCGAGUACGGGAGUGAGGACAAGGAAGACAACAGCCCAGAUGAGAGCCGUGUCACCAGCCCUGUCGGACCAGCGGGAAUCACUUCCCAUCACCGAACACAGUCCUUGGAUUCUAUGAGUUCUGGGCACAGCUCAGGCUCAGGCUUUGCUUCUCAUCCUGAUCUAACUAUGACGAAAACUGAACGCCGACAGACUUUCGGGCCAGUUAAGCCCUUGGACGAGCCUGAAGACAUUGACCUUCUCACGUUUGUCAAGACCAAUACUCCAAGUGUUUUGAAAGACCAAUCCCUGAUACCUGAACCCCUCGAAGUGGAGGUGCGGAACUCAGAGUGUGAGUCCGGACAUGAAAAAGAGACCCCGAUUGAGAGGGAAAUCAGACUUGCACGAGAGAGGGAGGAGGAGUUGAGACGAGAGAAGCGUAUCUCUGCAAUUCCCCUGGCAGUGUCGCCCUCUACCAGCAUCCCACCAGCGGUCAUCCCCACUCCUCCACCUGCGGAACCUGAAAAGAAGGUGGAGCCUGUGCGGCGUGCAGCUAACACACGUGUGUCACCUGCCACACAGCGCGUGCAGCAGGAGAUCGAGCAGGCUACUGAGAGGGAGAAAGAGCUUAAACGUUGGACUUCCGAGAAGGAGGUGGCCCCUGUAGAGAGAAAACUGAAGCCCACAACUCUCAACAUCGAGUUCAACAACAAGGACAGCCCACCACCACCUUUGCAGUCUCCGAGAACUCCUGUGAUGAAGAGUGCAGGAGCUUCGCCCAAGAUAUAUAUCCAGAACCCUCAACAGAAGGGGCUAAUGAAGCGGUUCCUGGCGUCGAGGGGCAAGAUGGGGUCAACACCCCGCCUCUCCCCCACCUCUGCCACAAUGCCACCACUCCGCUCCCCCGCUAUCUCACCCAGUAGCCUGCUGACUGAACCGUUUAUAAGUUUCACAUCCGUCGUGCAGAGUAAGGAGAAAGGAGAGGAACCAAUUAACCUUGGCACCAGACCCGGUUAUAAAUCUGCAGAGGACAAAAUACAAAACGAACUUCGUGAGAUGAGGAGGAGAGAGGAAGAAUUGAGGCAGCAGCGACGCACCAGUCUCUACUCUGCCCGUUCCCAACCUGACCUGCUCAACAUCGACAAUGAGCCUCUAGAGCCUGAGCCCUCCUCGCUGGAGGAUGAGCCCACCAGGCUGCCCAACAUGUCUAAACUACGUUCAGCCCUUAGUGUUCAAAACCUGUUGGACGUUGGAAUGGAGGAUAAGCCUGCUCCAAGACGUCUUCCCAAGAAGAAGUCUGCGCUGAUUGAACAGUGGGAGAGUAGGAUUAAAAACACAAACUGAAUGUUGCAAUCCAUGUCCUGAACUGAGUCAAGAUUCAUGAGAUGAUAAAUAUUAAGCAUAUUUCGUUAAAUGUUAAUUCUCUGUUCGUCAAACUUCUUAUACCUUAUUGGAUUUGUAGAUUUAAUUUAAUUUUGACAGUUUAAUUUGAAUACUGUAAUAGCUUUUGACUAACCUAAAUUAUAUGUUUUUCAGUGUAGUUCUCCAAUAUUCCUUAAAACAGUUUCUCAUACAUUAUUUAAUCUGAAAUUUAGUAUCGUUUUAUAUGAUUAUGUGAGAGCAGCUCCAGGGCUGUUUAAAAAACUGUUUGAUUUGUAUGAUGGAGAUGUACAAUCGUAUUAUUCUCGGUUUUUGUUAAUAUUUACUAUGUAAGCUGUUAAUUAGUUAUAGAUAACGAUAUAUAAAUAUAUUUAAGGCUUAGCUUUAAAAAUAAAGUUUUCGUCUGUAACAUUAAUCAGUAAUUGUUCUACUCGAGCCAGACUUAAAGUCUACAGAAUUGUUCUUUCCUCAAAGAACGGACUAUGCUCUGGCAAGGGUAGUUUGCUUUGGCUCCGAAAGCCUAAACUUGUAUAAAAUCUUAAAGAAUGGUUUUGAGAAUUUGGCUUAUCAUAAUGCUUUUAAUAAAGUUGUCAUUACCAAAA